AUGCGGCAGCAUUCCCCAUCUGUCAGCACCUCUGUUAUCAAUAGCAUCUUUACUGAAACAAAUGAAACAACAUCAGCUACGUCUAGAUCAUCACCUUCAUCCAUUUCACCUCCAACAAAAGCUGUCGAUGAACUUCGACGACGAUUAGAUCGUAAUGGUUAUGUUUUGCAGCCGUUCAUCACCGUUGAUCACUCGUCACCAUUUUAA